AUGAUCCACACGGUCAAAUGCAGCCUUCAGGUCGGUGUAGAUAGCGUCAACCUGAAGGCAUCGGUCCAUACCACCGGACACUCGAAAUCGAUGGCAGCCGGUCGACUGGAAAACGUCACACAAACUAUCUCUAGGAUACUGGAGGGAUACGACAUCCGGUUACGGCCGAACUUUGGCGGUGAACCCUUAACAGUAGGAAUGGACCUAACCAUAGCUAGUUUUGAUGCAAUUUCUGAAGUUAAUAUGGACUACACGAUAACAAUGUACCUAAAUCAGUACUGGAAAGACGAGCGAUUAGCGUUCAAUGCGUACUCAAUUUGGGGUGGCGCGGGAGGAACAGGUGGUGGCAAUCAGUACGAUCAGAACGGCGACAUCAUGAUUGAGGACGACGGAGCAAAUGACGUCAUUACGCUAUCCGGGGAUUUCGCGGAGAAAAUCUGGGUACCGGAUACGUUUUUCGCCAACGAUAAGAACAGCUUCCUGCAUGACGUCACCGAGCGGAACAAGCUGGUACGGUUGGCCGGAGACGGUGCAGUCACCUACGGUAUGCGGUUCACCACGACGUUGGCUUGCAUGAUGGACCUGCACUACUACCCGCUGGAUUCGCAGAACUGCACCGUGGAAAUCGAGAGUUAUGGUUACACCGUAUCGGACGUGGUAAUGUAUUGGCGCUCGACUCCGAUUCGCGGUGUAGAGGAAGCAGAACUGCCACAGUUCACCAUAAUAGGCUACGAAACUAACGAUAGGAAAGAAAAAUUAGCCACCGGAGUGUACCAGCGGUUAUCACUGUCGUUCAAGCUACAGCGAAAUAUCGGGUACUUUGUAUUCCAAACCUACCUGCCCAGCAUUCUGAUUGUGAUGCUAUCGUGGGUCUCGUUCUGGAUUAAUCACGAAGCGACAUCAGCAAGGGUGGCGCUCGGCAUCACGACAGUGCUUACGAUGACUACCAUUAGUACCGGAGUGCGUAGUUCAUUGCCCCGGAUCAGCUACGUGAAGGCCAUUGACAUCUAUCUGGUGAUGUGCUUCGUGUUUGUAUUCGCUGCCCUGCUGGAGUACGCCGCCGUCAACUACACCUACUGGGGCGCUAGAGCCAAGAAGAAAAGUAAAAAGAACAAAGAGGCAGAGAAGAAAGUUUCACGAAAACAAGACAACAGUGGCUGUUCUUCAGAGGACAUCAUCGAGCUGCAAGAUGUUCGAAUGAGCCCGAUCGCUUCCCUACGGAAUAGGCAUUACUCCAAUACCACCUCGACGACGGGUGGCGACGCCGUAGAUUUAGCCAAGUUCCCACCUAGCUUUCGAAUUGCACGGCCGUACGGUUCUAGUUCCCGGUCAAGUGGGUUGCGCUACCGGGGUAACCGAGGUCACAAUCGUCCUAAAAUGCUGCACGCAAUAAAGCGCGGUGCCUCGGUCAUCAAGGCGUCCAUCCCGAAAAUCAAGGACGUUAACGUGAUCGAUAAGUACUCCCGGGUUAUUUUUCCAGUGAGUUUUGCAGCGUUCAACGCGGGCUACUGGAUUUUCUACGUACUGGAGUGA